AUGUUCUCAUUCUCCAAGACCACAACCACCUCACCAACACCAACCCACCACCCCCUCUUCAAGAACCUAAUAAACACAGCCUCCGGCCUCCAAGACCGCGGUACAUCCCUUCCUCUCCCCUCCCUCCUCCCUCCUAUAUAAACCCAACUAACAGCGCAGCCUUCAAACUCUGCCAAGCCCGCAACCAAACCCUCCCCUAUCAAUCCUGGGCGGAGCUCGAAGCCCAACACCCCUAUGGCUCACGGCAGUACUACGAGCGCGCCAAGGUCGACACGUAUCGACAUCUGAAGAGGGAGACGAAUAAGGCGGUCAAGAAGAUGGUGAAGAAUAAGAGGAGGGAGGAGUGGAAGGUGAGGGAGAUGGCGAAGAUGAGGCCCGGGGGGAGGAAGUUUUGGUUUUGGUUGAGGGAGUGA